AUGGCCGUCGAUGCACAACAGCUCUCUGACAUGAUGCUUCAGCUACACGCAAGCUGGCUCAUGCCUUUGCAAGUAGCUGUGGCUCUUGUGCUUCUCUACGGCGUCCUUGGACCUGCCGUGGUCACUACCGUUGUCGGUUUAACCGGAAUCUUCGUCUUCAUUCUCAUGGGAACGAAACGAAACAACAGGUUUCAAUUCAGCCUCAUGAUGAAUCGUCGUGAUUCCCGGAUGAAAGCAACUAACGAGAUGCUUAACUACAUGAGAGUCAUCAAGUUUCAAGCUUGGGAAGGUCAUUUCAACGAGAGAAUCCUCAAGUUUCGUAACAUGGAGUUUGGUUGGCUGUCGAAGUUUCUUUACUCCAUCGCCGGAAACAUCAUCGUGCUAUGGAGCACGCCGGUGUUGAUCUCAGCGCUCACUUUCACAAGCGCUGUUUUCUUGGGAUUCAAGCUUGACGCAGGCACAGUGUUCACCACAACGACCAUUUUCAAGAUACUUCAAGAACCGAUCAGGACGUUUCCGCAGUGUAUGAUCGCACUUUCGCAGGCAAUGAUCUCUCUCGGAAGACUCGACGCUUUCAUGUCGAGCAGAGAGCUAUCGGGAGAGAGAGUGUGGAGAGGAGUCAAGGCUGUGAUGGGAAUGUCGCUGUGGAGAUCAAAGAUGGAAGCUUUAGUUGGGAUGAUGAAGAUGACGAGCCUGCGAUUGAAAACAUAA